UGCUGUAUUGUUACCAGCGGAACGUUGCUGCCUGCUGCUGGUCCAGAGAAGUUUUAACUGCUCCGUGAAGAAGCCGGAUUAACACGCUGCGUGGAGAAUACAGGGAUGUCGUAUUGCAGUUUCUUCGGUGGAGAGGUCUAUAAAGACCAUUUCGAAACAGGGAUUUACGUGUGCUCCAAGUGUGAUCACCAGCUGUUCACCAGCCGUUCCAAGUACGAACACUCGUCCCCCUGGCCGGCCUUCACAGAGACCAUCCAUGAGAAUAGUGUAUCUAAACAUAAGGAGAGACCUGGGGCAUACAAGGUACGAUGUGGGAAAUGUGGAAAUGGACUCGGCCAUGAGUUUGUGAAUGAUGGGCCAGCCAAAGGCCUGUCUCGCUUCUGAAUAUUCAGCAGCUCACUGAAGUUCGUCCCUAAAGAUAAGGUUGAUGGGCAGUAAAGUGAGCUGAUUGAGGGGACUUGGAGGAGUCUUUCUGCUCUGCUGAAGGUGUGGACAGCGGAUGAUGUGUUCUGGGAUAAAGCCCAACUGGGAGCGCCAGGGCUCUGAUGAAAGAUGGCCACACUGAACGGCAAGAACAGAGGACUGGUCUCAGCACCGUUUUAUUAUGCAAUCAUCACCAUCUCAGGAUAGCCUCGCUGAUUACACAACGUCUCACCAGCUGCAUAUUUAUUAAUGACUGAGAUCGUCUCAUGGGUACAAUAGGCUCCUCAAUUCUGUAAGCUAUUUCUUACUGAGAGAAAUCAUGUUUGUUUACCUUCACAGUUUUUCCUGUUUCCCCCAAACUGUCAGAGUAAACAAACAAGCGCACCAGUCUGUUAGAAAAAAAUAGCUCACAAGACAGUGAAUCCAAGACUACAGCACAUGAGGAUUGGUCCUGAUUUAUAUUUUUAAUUUAUUCAUCGACAACUGCCUCUACCUGCUGAUUGGUGUGCCAUGCAGGAAUCAGUAAUAAUACUAUUUUCACUAUUGAGAAGCUUUAUGUAAAUGAUCCCAAUGACUAUUAUGCAAACUGAAAUAAAUCUAUUUUAAAUUAAAAUUAGAAAAGACUGAAUAUAA